ACACAACAUACCCGCAACUUAAACUCUGCUACUUUACUCCCCAUAGAGCUUUCGCCCGACGCAGCGAAUAAAAAGCAAUACAUCCACCUCUCAUAAUCUAUUGUUUCGGACCCUACAAAUCCGGCCCACGAAGGGUUUAAGGCGUAUCAAGUUUUGGUUGCAGGGAUCGCAUUUCCAUUCUCUGGAACGUUUCACAGCAGAGGAGCCACAAUGUCGAUGUCUAGAAGUUCGAAAAUGCUUCAGUUCAUUAACUACAGAAUGCGGGUGACGAUACAAGACGGCCGUCAGCUGGUGGGCAAAUUCAUGGCCUUCGAUCGCCACAUGAAUCUCGUACUCGGUGACUGCGAGGAGUUCAGGAAGCUCCCGCCCAAGAAAGGUGCAGAGAAAAAGGAAGAAAGGGAGGAGAGGCGAACACUGGGCCUCAUUCUUCUGCGCGGCGAGGAGGUCGUAUCGAUGACCGUCGAGGGCCCUCCUCCGCCUGACGAAUCGCGAGCAAAGCCAACGGCGGGAGCACCGGCCGGUCCGGGUAUAGGACGGGCUGCCGGACGGGGAAUACCUACUGCCCCUUUGAUUCAAGCCCAGCCGGGACUUUCAGGGCCAGUGCGCGGCGUGGGUGGGCCGGCACCCGGGAUGAUGCAGCCCCAAAUCUCCAGGCCGCCUAUGCCCCAGGUCUCCGCCCCGCCCAUGACCUAUCCGACCGGGCAGAUGCGACCCCCGCCGCCGUUCUCUUCGCAGCCGGGGGGACCUCCUCCCAUGAUGCGCCCUCCUCCAGGUGGCCCUCCUCCGCAGUAUGGAGGCCCUCCGCGCCCCGGCGGUCCCCCGCCCAUGAUGCCACCGCCACAGUUUGGACAGCGGCCGAUGGGUCCUCCGCCUCAGAUGAUGAGAGGACCGCCUCCGCCAAUGGGCAGUGGCCCUCCCAGGCCUGGUAUGCCUCCACCUCCUGGAGCUGCCCCUCCCAGACCCGGCAUGCCGCCUCCGCCGGGCGCCCCACCAAUGUAUGGCGGGCCUAUGCCGCCUCGCCCCGGAAUGCCGCCUCCUCCUCCUCCAGGUCAGCAGCAGCAGCAGCAGCAACCUCCUGGUCAACAGUAGCAGCAUCUGCUUUGUUAAGAGUAUUUUCUUAGUUGCUCACACCCUUUUUGAAUUGUUGGACACUCAGUUUUGCUUGAUGUUUUUAUCAUUGGCCAUCUGAUAGGGUCAUUUACAUCUCUAAUUAAAUCCUAAUAUUGUUAGACUAAAUUAUUUUUCCAUUAAUAUGUAAUACUAAGGAGUUUUUUUAUUGA